AUGGAUGGCGGCGAAAAUAAGCGCUUCCUCCCCAGUGGUUCCCGAAAUAAACCGCGCCCCCGUGGCUUGAUCACCCCAUUCCUGAGGACCGGGUAUCCCAGCUGCUCCCACAGUAAAGAUGAAAGCUCUUUAAGCUCUUUAGAUGCUCAAGCCGACAGUCGCCAUGUACCUGGGGAUCAAAAAGGGGAAAAUAAAGACAGUAAACCCCGCUCCCUCAGAUUCACUUGGAGUAUGAGGACCACCAGCUCCAUGGAGCCUUGCGACAUCAUGCGGGAGAUUCGCAAGGUGCUCGACGCCAACAACUGCGACUACGAGCAGCAAGAGAGUUUCCUGCUUCUUUGCGUCCACGGAGACGGGCGCGCCGAAAACCUGGUCCAGUGGGAGAUGGAGGUUUGCAAGCUGCCCCGUCUCUCGCUCAACGGCGUCAGGUUCAAACGGAUAUCCGGAUCAUCCAUCGCUUUCAAAAACAUUGCUUCCAAAGUUGCCAACGAGUUAAAGCUAUGAACAAAAAGGGGUUUAAAAAAAAAGUAUACAUAUAUAUAUCUAGAAGUAUUUAAGCUGUACAAUCAUCCAAGUAGCAGUUUCCAAAUGUCUCCUUUUUUUAAAAAGAAAGUACAGAGUAUGUAUUGAAUAUUAUUAUAAUGUAUAGGUUAAGGCUUUUGGCAAUAAUCACUGAAUUACCUACUAAUAUCUCAGUCUAUUCUGGCCACACGGGGUCGACAUUAACGAGUUGAAUAUGAUUUGUCAUGCUGUGAAUGUGGACAAAAAAAGCAUUUCUAGUCUUAUUUAUUUCAUCUUAUUAUUUUUUUUCUUCUCUUCUUUAUCUUCUUUAUCUUUCACUCACUCUCUCUCUCUCUCUCUCUCUCUCUCCUGGAAAAGAAAAAAAAAUUACGUAGUUUUUUUUUUUUUGUUUCAGUGUAAAUAAUGUAUCUUACUUUAAAGAAAGAAAAAAAAGACGGCUUCUCUGCAAUACUCAUUUUUUGUUUCUUCUUCUUCUUCAUUUUCUUUUCCUUUUUUUUUUUUUUUUUUGUAUUUCGUUUAAAAAGUAGAGAUGAUGGGGGGAGUCCGUGUAAAUGCCCACAUGAUGGUUAAAGGGUCACUCAUGUCUCAAUUAAAAGAAGUGUCUGUCAACUUGAA